CCCCUUUAUUUUCACUCCUUUAUUGCUGAAAAAAAGGCCUGCUUUCUUAAUUUUCUUGAACAGAUGGCAAAAUUUACUCUUAAAGCAGAGAACUUUUGUUUUCUGUCUCACAGCACCAACACAAACACCUCAUUCUUCAACAAUUCCUAAGUAAAGCACCGAAACUUGCAUUUAAUUCCCUCUAACCGAAGAUUGAAGUUCAGGGUUUUGUGUAGCUUGAAAGAAAAGGAGAAUGUUAAAGAAAGCGACAGGGUGCCCGAAGUUCUUACUGGAUUGCGAGUGGAUGAAUUGGAUACAGAUACUGAGACUCAAUCGAGGUCUACAGAACUGGGUUUUGAUUGGAAUUGGUCGCAAUGGAAGAAUAUUCCUAAAGAUAUAAACUUAUUGGCACUACUUCACCUGCCUUUGUUACAUGUAACAUGGAUAAGGUAAACUUGAGUAUUGCAAUUAUUCCAAUGUCUCAUCAGUUUGGGUGGAAUGCAUCAGUCGCUGGGCUAGUGCAGUCAUCCUUCUUUUGGGGGUACACGCUGAGUCAAUUACCAUGUGGUUGGCUAUCUAAGAUAUUUGGUGGCAGUAAAGUUCUUCAGAUUGGGGUAUUGUCUUGGUCUGUGGCGACAGCACUUGUUCCUUUGCUUGUCUGUAAGGCUAUACAAUUUUGUUAUACAAUUCUUUUAACUUGGCUAAGGCUAAAACUGGGUUGAGUGUGCCAUAUCAAUAGGCUGGGCUCCCUGUUGAUAAUUAGCAAUUUAGAAGUGUGCCAUUCAGAAUACGACAUGUGCUUUGAAGAAGUUGAUAAUUAGAAGCAGCAGAAAGUACAACAUGUGAACAGUAAAGGACAACAUGGGAAUAUGAGAAUAAACAUUUCUCGUUUCUGGCUCA